AUACUACAUUGUAGUCUAUAAUAUUAAUAGAGUAUAGUUCAUAACGCGAACAGACUGUCAGUGUGUUGAGUGUCACUGCACUUCACUGACUCUGUCUUCAGCCUUUCAGUUCAGCCUACUGUACCAUCGAAAAUACUACUGGUACUUCUGGUGUGAAAACGUAACUAUUUUGUCAGCCCUAUCCCGUUGCCUGUUCCUGUCAAAACAAUACUAAAUACUGCUGUCGCUCUUCACGACUUUAGUCAGUUCAGACAAGAAAGCCAGUGGAGCCCUCAAGGCCGAGUCGUCUCUGGAUUUUGUGGUGCCUGCAUGUCCUUUCUAUUUAGUCGUCAUUCUGGUAAUCGCGUGGCGGAGUGAGUAUUAUUGCUCACAGACACAAGAAUGGCAAGUUUGAAAUCGUACAGAAAGAGAGAGGAUUCUCCUGAGGAUGCAGGGGACGAAGGAGAUUCGGAGAUGCACGUGGCCGAUGGUGCAGGAGAACUGUCAUCUGACAAUGAUUUUAUUGAUGAUGAUGAGGAUGAUUUAAUGGCUCGUAGUAGUGGUAGAGUAGCCUUUCAUGGCAAACGAAGUGGUGCUAUAUCAUUCAGACGCAAGAUAUGUAUCCUGGUGAUAGUGGUUAUACUCGUGGUGGCUGUCAUUGUAGUGGCAGUGGUUGUUGGCAAGAAGAAGGAGAACUGCCACCCUUAUGGCAAUGAUAGCAUUACGGUGCCCAUGUGGGAACGUGUGCGUUUGCCAGAAAACAUUGUUCCCAAAUCCUACAAGAUAGCUUUGAAACCAGACUUGGUGACGUCUCAUGUAGAUGGCAACACAACCAUAGAAAUUCAAGUGACAAGCGGGAUAGCGGAUGCCAUACUUGUGCACGCCAAGAACAUGAGUAUCACGUCCAGUUCCGUGUCUGUCUUGUCCAGCACUGGCAGCAUGCAACAAGUAACUGUAAAGGAACCAUUCUUCUCCAAAGAGCAUGAUUUCUAUGUCCUGCCGCUGGCGGAGUCAGCAAAAGUAGGUACGUACUACGUGCAGUUCACCUUCAACUAUUCCUUGAGCAGCGGCCUGGUCGGGUUCUAUGGCAGCCAGUACAAAGACAGUGCAACUGGAGAAAUUCGGAAGCUGGCCACUACACAGUUUGAACCUACGGAUGCACGCCGUGCGUUUCCAUGCUUCGACGAGCCGGCAAUGAAAGCAGUGUUCAACAUUUCCAUCGUGAGAGAUGCAGCGCACACCGCUUUGUCUAACAUGGAUAUUGAGCACAACGAGACUCUCUCCGAUGGGUUGGUGCGCGUGCACUUCAGGCCAACAGUCAAAAUGAGCACCUACCUCGUGGCGUUCAUCGUGUCAGAUUUCCACUUUGUCCAAAGUCAUACCAACAAUCCAAGCUGUCCUUCGAUCAAGGUGCGCGUCUGGUGUCGCCAGCAAUCUAUCGACCAGACAACUUUGGCUCUGAACGUUGCUGUGGACGUGCUUGGCUACUAUGAGAGGUUCUACAAUAUUUGUUAUCCGCUGGACAAGCAAGAUCUGGUUGCCAUACCUGACUUUGCUGCUGGUGCUAUGGAGAACUGGGGACUGAUUACAUAUAGAGAGACAGCACUGCUCUACAACAAUAUGUCAUCAUCAACGUCAGACGAACAGUGGGUUGCCGUUGUCGUAGCUCAUGAGCUUGCUCAUCAGUGGUUUGGUGACUUGGUGACGAUGGAAUGGUGGAGUGACUUGUGGCUGAAUGAAGGCUUUGCUACGUUCAUGGAGUACAUUGGUGCUGGUCACUAUGCCAAAGGCCAAUGGGAUAUGCAACUUCAGUUCAUGGUGGAUGACUUUGAAAGAGCACUCGCAUCUGAUUCAUUGCCGUCGUCACAUCCUAUUUUAGCCACAGUCCAUAGCCCGAGUCAAAUCAAUGAAAUCUUCGACAGCAUCUCCUAUUCCAAGGGUGGAUCUGUGCUGAGGAUGCUGCGAGGUGUGAUCGGGGAGACUGCGUUUAUCGAUGGCAUCCGGCGAUACCUACAAAAGCACACCUUUGCCAGCGCUCGCACAGCGGAUUUGUGGGCAGCCAUGGAUGAGGUGUACCAGCUGAUGCCGAGCAUUUCAGAUUUCAUGGACACGUGGACUCUUCAGAUGGGAUAUCCGCUAGUUACCGUCUUGCCUACAAGCAAUGGGCUUAUGGUGGACCAGCAGAGAUUCCUCAUCGGUAGCAACGGCACUGUUCCCGAGUCUAAGUUCCAUUCAGAGUUUGGAUAUGUGUGGUAUGUCCCGAUCAAUUAUCAGACAGAUGUUCAGCUACCUGGCAAAGUGACAUUCCUUCACCAGACUGCAGUUACAAUUCAGCCAACACGACCAUACCAGUGGUACAAGUUGAACGCCGGCAAUAACUUCUACUAUCGUGUCAACUACCCUGCCAGCAAUUGGGAGAAAUUGACGCAGCAACUCUCCCGCAAUCACUCGGUCUUCUCUGUUGCUGAUCGUGCUGGACUGAUUGAUGACGCCUUUGCUCUGGCCAACGAUGGCCGAGUACCCAUCACAACAGCCAUGGCAACGACUGACUACCUCGAGCAGGAGGACAACUAUGUACCAUGGCUGACGGGAAUUGAUGCGCUGUCUCAUGUCGACUUCUUGCUGUCUUCAAGACUUGGAUCUGGACAGUUCAGGGCGUACUUCUUGAAGAAAGUGCAAAGAGCUCUCAGCACGGUUGGUUACAAUGACAAUGGCACUCACGCACAUAGGCUAUUCCGUACAGCUCUAUUGCAUCGGUCAUGUGACCUUGGUGAUCAGACUUGCAUUACUGCAGCGGUUGCAGCAGUCAACCAGUGGAUGGCAACUGGUGGGCCAAAUCCCAUCCCAGCUAACUUCCGCACCACGUACUACGCAACAGCUAUUGCUCAUGGAGACGAGAAGGUCUGGAACUUCUUCUGGGGUGUGUAUCAGAAUGCUACAGUGGCAGUUGAGAAGCGCAAAUGUCUGUAUGCCCUCUCACAGACCAAGGUCAACUGGCUCCUUCAUCGGUACCUUGUGUGGGCACUGGAUGAGAACAAGAUCCGAUCACAAGAUUCGACUUCAGUCAUUCGCUACGUUGCCAGUAACUCUGCUGGCCAGCUGAUGGCUUGGGAUUUUGUACGCGCUAACUGGAACGACCUGCUGGAACGUUAUGGAGAAGGUUCAUUUUCCUUCAGUCGCCUCAUUCUGAGCACCACCGCAUUUAGCACCCCGUUCUAUUUGCAGGAGGUGAAGAAAUUCUUUGCUGAGAACCCAAAUGCUGAGUCUGGACAGCGCGCUACACAGCAGACUCUUGAGAAGAUCCAGGCCAACAUCAACUGGCUGGCUAGGAACGAGGACCAACUCAGCUCAUGGCUGACAGCUAAGGGCUUUCAGUACGAGUGAAAGGCGUGAGCCCAACUCGGCAACCGCAACUCCGACAGUACCUUGUUGAGUUAGUGUUUUCAAAUUUACCCAAUUUACCCUGCAGUGCUCAUGUUGCAAGACGACAGCAGUCCCUAAUCAAUGCAUUCCCAUACCAGAAGCAGCAACAAUACGAGCAUCAGCAACAGCAGCAGGAACUGCCUGCUCGGUUAGAUGGCCAGCAAGGACUGAACACAGAGAAAGAAGUACAGUAUAUUAUUACCUUCUGCCACAGCCAUUCACAGCUUCUUCCAGACUUGCAAGAACGUAUUCAUUUCUACCUAUGAAAUACAUUUUAUCAUACUACGGGACACUCCCAAACAUAAAACAUACCAGUAGCUUGGAAGCAUUCUAUAGUUCCGAUCAAAGCUUGCACACAUUCCUUGCAUGGAGUUACAAUUUCGAUGACUUUUACCCCGAUUUUUCACAUAUUUCUCAUUGGUAUUGAACGGGAUAGGUAGAAAUUUACAGUACACUACUAUGUCCCUGUCAUUAUCAUUUAAAAUGUAAUCGAGACCAGUGGCGGCAUCACUGCACCCACAACACAUGUCACUAUAACAGCUUGUGUUUUUAUGAUAAUAUUUUUUUUAAAGGA